CCAGGGAAUUGGUGGCGAGAGAACGAGUAGGUGGAGCCUCGACUUGACGGCUUGUUCACCGCUCGAAGGCACCUGAGUGUAAUUAUUCCAAAGUGAGAAAAGCCAGUUCCCCACAGAGAUGUUUGUCUCACCCGUGCAUCACGCUAGGGCAGGAUCUCCAGAUCUUUCUCCAACCCUCUCCGGCCUUUAUCUGCCCCGAUCUCCCGAGAGUCCCUAUUUGGGCAAGAUGGAACCGACUGGGAUCUUCUGCAGCAAACAGAACGAGCCAAUCAUCUACAAGGUCCGAGUGACUACCGGCCCAGGGCUCCUGACCGGGACCUUUGACGUGAUCUCCAUCACCUUGGUGGGGACCAACGGAGAGAGCCCCAAGCAGGUUCUGAACCGGGCCGGCACGAACUGUUCCCGGGGAUCGGUGGACGACCAGGACGUUCCCUGUGACCAAGACCUGGGCCCGAUCCUCCUGGUCCGACUGCACAAGGACCCUUAUUCCUUCUUCCCCGAGAGCAGCUGGUUCUGCAACAACAUCCAGGUGACCUCCCCGUUCGGAGACAGCUACCAGUUCCCUUGCUACCAAUGGAUCGAGGGCUACUGCACCAUCUCCUUGAGAGAAGGCUCAGCCAAGACUCCAUCGGAUGACACUCACUUCCUAGAGCGGAGGCAUCGCCGAGAAGAGCUGGUGACCAGGCACAACAAAUAUGGGUGGAAGGAAUACCUCCCGGGGGCUCCCUGCUGUGCUGACGUCGACACGGCCAUGUCUCUGGAGUACAACCUCCAGUAUUCGUUCCCUAAAGCCACCGCCUUUUUCGGGCGUGGGACGGUCGCGAUGUUCGAGGCCAAAGUGAAGGGCUUCCUCGACAAGCCGUUUUCCUGGGGGAAGCUUGAGGACAUCCGGAAGGUCUUCUGGUUCUACCACACUCCCGUGACAGAGUAUGUGUUUAACCACUGGAAGGAUGAUGACUUCUUUGGCUUCCAGUUCUUAAAUGGAAUUAACCCGGGGAUGAUCCAGAAAUGCAGCAAUAUCCCGGAUAAUUUCCCCGUCACCCAGCAAAUGGUGGCCGGAUCUCUGGGGAAAUUCACCACCCUCCAAGAAGAGUUGAAGAAAGGGACCAUUUUCCUUGUUGACUAUAAGAUCCUAGACGGCCUCCCCACUAUCCAGAUAAACGGCAAACGCCAGUACAUCACGGCUCCGCUGUGCCUACUGCACCAGAAACCCACCGGAGAAGUCAUCCCUCUAGCCAUUCAGCUCAGUCAGCACCCGGGCCCCCAAAACCCCAUUUUCCUGCCCACCGAUGAAGAAUGGAUUUGGACACUAGCCAAGACCUGGGUGCGCAACUCUGAAUUCCACACCCACGAGGUGAUCGCCCACCUUCUCUGCAGCCAUCUCAUGUCCGAGGUCUUCUCCGUGGCAACCCUACGACAACUGCCAAUGUGCCACCCACUCUAUAAGCUCCUGAUUCCGCACCUCCGGUAUUCAAUCCACAUCAACGUGUUGGCUAGAACAUACCUGACCAACCAAGGAGGCACCUUUGACAGGGCCAUCGCGAUCGGGCGCCAGGGGUUAGCCGUCCUUCUCAAAAAGGCCCUGGAGAACUUGACCUACACAGAUCUUUGCCUUCCUGACAACAUCGAGGCCCGAGGGGUCAGCUUGCUUCAAAACUAUUACUACCGAGAUGAUGGGCUGAAGAUCUGGGAUGCCAUUGAAAGCUUCGUGGCUGGCAUCGUGGAACUCUACUAUAAGAACAAUUUAGCCGUCCAGAGGGAUUACGAGUUACAGGCUUGGGUCUGCGACAUCUUCUCCAAGGGUUUCCUGGCCAAGAGGUCCUCAGGUAUCCCUUCCUCCCUCCGCUCGGUCCAGGAGCUCACCAAGUUUUUGACCAUGGUCAUCUUUACCUGCUCUGCCCAGCAUGCGGCGGUCAACAGCGGACAGUUUGAACUGGGGGCCUUCAUGCCCAACCUGCCAUCUUCAAUGAGGAAGCCCCCACCCCAAGUGAAAGCCCCAAUAACACUGGAAGAGUUCCUGGAUAUCAUCCCUGAGAUGAACACCACCAGCCAGGUCCUCUCUGUCCUCUGGGUUUUGCGCAAUGAGGACUUCGACAUGAAACCGCUGGGACAAUACCACGAGGAGCAUUUCACCGAGGAAGAGCCGAAACAGCUCAUCAAGGCUUUCCAGCAGCGCUUGGAGCACAUUACGGAGGAAAUUAAGAUGAGGAACGAGUCGCUGAACUUGCCCUAUACCUACCUCUACCCACCCAACAUAGAGAACAGCACAGCUAUCUAACCCUCGGAUGGCUGAGGCAGGGGCUUGUUUCCAGACCCUGCCCGGAUCUCCUCUCUCCCCCUUUUUUCCUUCUGAGAUGGAGAACGCGAAGGUUAGACUCAUCCUCCCAAAUUCUCUUGGGAACACCACACGACACCCCCAGCCACAAAAGGCUCCAAAAAAGCAGAGCAAAGCCAAUCCUGCAGCACUGUGAUUGUUGUUGCCCCUUGCGAUCCAGAGAUAUUCAUGCUAGCUGUAUGGUUAAAAUCACCCAGCAAGGUGCAGAUGGAGCAGCCGAGGGUUCCCUCCCACCUUCCCCUUCCUGCUCUUUCCACCCGUCCCUUCUCCCACAAGCUGUGAGGGCAGACGAGCACAGUGCCCUUUCCGCACGGGCCAAUAAACCCGGGAUAACAAUGGUAAAAAAAACCCAUUGUGGGCAGGAACUUUGCACAGUUCCCACCCCUAAUGCGAAUCUGUCCCAUGUUAUUUCCCCAAAAAUGGGUUAUUCAAGAAUAGUGCUAUCUUGGAGGUUCACUCGCUCAUGCCUGCAUAGCUACGCAUCAGUGGGAGGUAAGGAGGAGAAGAAGAGUUUGGAUUUAUAUCCCCCCUUUCUCUCCUGCAGGAGACUCAAAGGG